AUGAUAAGCCUAUCUCUUCCCGCUCCCUCCAAACUCGCUUCUUCUCCAUCGAUCAAACCCAGAAGCAUUUCUACCCAAAACCCCGCUUCUGUUCAAUAUCAGAAAAGCACAGAUUUUGAGACUCUCAAAGGCCGUUUGAUUCGCCAGGCAAAUGGAGGGAACAUCCGCCAAGCAAUUUCGACGCUUGAUCUCAUUGCCCAGAUGGGCUUCACCCCAGACCUCACCUCCUACACCGUCCUCCUCAAAUCUUGCAUCAGAACCCGAAGCUUUGAACUGGGCAAGUCAAUCCACUCCAGACUCGCCGCUUCGCAGCUCGAACCGGACUCGAUUGUUCUCAACUCGCUGAUAAGCUUGUAUGCGAAAUGUAGCGACUGGGAAACUGCAAAAGGAAUUUUCGACGGAAUGGGUGCGAGGAGAGAUUUGGUUUCUUGGAGUGCGAUGAUUUCGUGCUAUGCUCAUUGUAAUAUGGAAAUGGAAGCCGUUUCAACGUUCUUUCGAAUGGUUGAAUUCGGAGAGCACCCGAAUCAGUUCUGCUUCUCCGCUGCGAUUAAAGCUUGCUGUAAUGCAACGUACGCUUGGAUUGGAUUGGUAGUUUUUGGAUUUGUGAUUAAAACCGGGUAUUUUGAUUCUGAUGUUUGUGUUGGAUGCGCAUUGGUUGAUUUGUUUACUAAAGGAUUUGGAGACUUAGAAUCCGCCCAGAAAGUGUUCGACAAAAUGCCUGAGAAAAACUCUGUUUCGUGGACGCUGAUGAUCACUAGGUUCUCUCAGUUGGGUAGUCCAAGAGAUGCAAUUGAUCAGUUCGAGCAGAUGUUAUUGACCGGGUUCAGCCCGGAUCGUUUUACUCUUAGUAGUGUUUUAUCAGCUUGUGCUGAGGUGGGGUGGCUAUCAUUUGGGCAGCAGCUGCAUUGUUGGGUGGUGAAAUCUGGGUUGUCUAAGGAUGUUUGUGUGGGAUGCAGUUUGGUCAACAUGUACUCUAAAUGUGCUGCAGAUGGAUCCAUGGACAAUUCGAGGAAGGUUUUCGAUCGAAUGCCUGAUCAUAAUGUAAUGUCUUGGACUGCAGCCAUCACUGGAUAUGUACAGACUGGGAUUGGUGACAGGGAAGCUAUUGACUUGUAUUGUAGGAUGAUAGAGGGCCGAGUGAAACCUAACCAUUUUACGUUUUCUAGUCUUUUGAAGGCGUGUGGAAAUCUUUCGUCUCCUGAUAUUGGUGAGCAGAUUUAUAAUCAUGCAGUGAAAUCGGGCCUUGCAGGUGUGAACUGUGUGGCGAACGCUUUGAUUAGUAUGUAUGCUAAGUCCGGUAGGAUGGAAGAUGCCCGGAAAGCUUUUGAAUUUCUGUUUGAAAAGAAUUUGGUUUCGUACAAUAUAAUUGUCGAUGGCUAUGCCAAGAAUUCAGAUUCCUUGGAAGCUUUUGAACUUUAUAGCCAAACUGAAGAGUCUGGAGUUGGAGUUGAUGCUUUCACCUUUGCUAGUCUUUUGAGUGCUGCUGCAAGUAUAGGGGCAGUUGGUAAGGGUGAAGAAAUUCACGCUCGGUUGCUAAAAACCGGGUUUCAGUCUAAUCAAUCUGUAUGCAACGCCUUGAUAUCCAUGUAUUCCAGAUGUGGUAACAUCGAGGCUGCUCUUCGGGUUUUCGAUGAAAUGGAAAACCGGAACAUAAUAUCUUGGACUGCAAUCAUAACAGGUUUCGCGAAACAUGGUUUUGCCAAGACGGCUUUAGAGUUGUUCAGUCAGAUGCUCAGGGCAGGCGUAAAACCAAACGAGGUCACCUAUGUUGCGGUUCUAUCAGCUUGCAGCCAUGUCGGUUUGGUAGAUGCCGGAUGGCAGCAUUUCAACUCAAUGUCCAAAGAACACGGGAUCAGUCCAAGGAUGGAACAUUACGCGUGUAUGGUUGAUCUGCUGGGAAGAUCCGGGCAUCUUGAAAAGGCGGUCCAGUUCAUCAAAUCAAUGCCUUUCACCCCCGGUGCCCUAGUCUGGCGCACAUUGCUCGGAGCUUGCCAGGUUCAUGGAAACGUGGAGCUUGGAGAACACGCUGCUAAAAUGAUCCUCUCCCAGGACCCAAACGACCCAGCAGCACACGUUCUGCUGUCCAACUUAUACGCCUCGAAUGGCAACUGGGGAGAAGUAGCGCAAAUCAGGAAAGACAUGAAAGAACGAAAACUGGUCAAGGAAGCCGGGUAUAGCUGGAUAGAAACCGAGAACAGGAUAAACAAGUUUUACGUAGGGGACACGAAGCACCCCCUGGCAAAGGAGAUCUACCAAGAACUGGAUCGACUAGCUACGAAAAUAAAGGCGUUAGGGUACACCCCGGACACAAACUUGGUGCUCCAUGAAGUGGAGGAGGAGCAGAAGGAGCAAUAUCUGUUCCAGCACAGCGAGAAAAUCGCAGUGGCUUUCGGGCUGAUCAGCACAUCCAAACCAAAACCCAUUCGCAUAUUCAAGAACCUGAGAGUUUGCAGGGAUUGCCACACUGCCAUGAAGUACAUAUCAGUUGCUACUGGGAGAGAAAUAGUGGUGAGAGAUUCCAAUAGAUUUCACCAUAUCAAAGAUGGAGCUUGCUCCUGCAAUGACUACUGGUAAUUACUCACAAUACAAAUGCAUGUUCUUGAGUUCAACUAAUUAAUGAAUAUUCAAAAAUUUACAA